AUGGACAUCUGUCCGUCCGAUACCUCCACCAUCCUGUGCGAUGUCAUCAUCCAGCAGCUCUCCUUCCAGUGCUCCGUCACCAACUGCAUCCGGCUGGUGGAUGCCUUGUUCCCUCGAGACUGGAGGAUUUUGAAGAAAGCUUUCUACAGUGGAUACCAAGAUACCGUAUACUUCUUGCAGCAGAGCAACGCGCUGCCACUGUAUCCUGAACGGAGAAAGGAGUCUGAUGCAUCUGAUGAUUCGGUGAGCUCAGAUCACUGGAUGCUGACACAGACUGAUCGUGCUGAAGAAUCCCAGCAGGACUGCCCUGAACAACCUGAACAGAAGACCGUCAAUGGAGUUUGUUCAUCUUUGAGUCCAUCCCUUCAAGAGCAGACAGUACAUAAGAACUCACCAGUAGAUGUUCAGGAAGUGCUUUUGUGUAAUAUCGUGGGGCAGCUGGAGAUUGUGAGUAAUUCAAACGUCUCUUUACCUCAACGGACUCUCUCAUACCUGCUCUUAUUGUUCACACUGCCAAUCUGGAGUGCCACAACCUUAUGGGACAGGUACCAUAAAUGGAUCACUAAUGCUAUGACUGUGGCAUACUGGCUCUGGCAUGGUAUUAAGCUAUUCAUGAUCUUCAUACUCAAAAUUGUACUGUCCUCAAUGAGGAAAGCCCUUGGAGACAUAAUGCUGAGUCUGAUCAGUUUCAUACCUGCGCAAGUUCACGAUGAGCAGCAUAGACGCAGAGAGUUGGCUGAGAGACACAUGGCCUCCUCUAAUCUGAAUGGUCACGUCUCUGCUGUUUUCCCGCCGAGUCCCUCCAUGGCACAGACCCUCCCAAACCUCCACACACUCCUGAUUUCACUAGAGGCAGCAGAAAACAAGUGGAGAAGACGCAAGAUAGAGGUGCAACACACUUUACAGCAACACGUGGCUUAUGUGAAAAGAAUUUAAAAACAUACAAGCAAUG